AUGAUGAGUGUCUCACCUAUCCCUCGAGUAGAGGCGGCAUCAGGUGCGGAUGUUCACAGGAGCAUCAAUGACAGUGGUACUAUCGGUGAUGGCUGGAGCAUUAGUGGCAGUGGUCCCUGGCUUCUCGCAGUCAUGCUGUCCCUCAUAAUUCUGGUGACAGCUUGUGGGAACAUUUUGCUGAUCGCCUUGGUGUUUGCACAUCGGUCGCUGCGCUGCACCUCCAAUUGCUUCCUGGUGUCCCUCUUCCUGUCAGACUUGAUGGUGGCUUUGGUCGUGAUGCCCCCUGCUAUGCUCAACGUGCUGUCUGGGACCUGGGUGCUGUCGCCCGGAUUCUGCCCCGUCUGGCUGUGCUUCGACGUGAUGUGCUGUAGUGCUUCCAUCCUCAACUUGUGUGUCAUCAGUCUGGACCGCUACCUCCUCAUCAUCUCUCCGUUGCGAUACAAACAGCACAUGACCCCGCCUCGUGCCUUGCUUCUGGUGGGUGGGGCUUGGGGGUUGGCAGCCCUCACUUCCUUUCUGCCGAUCAAGAUGGACUGGCACAGCCUGGGUCGCAGCCAAGACCUUGCCGAGAACGAUUCGGCCAAUGCCACAGUCUCCCAGUUGAGUUCCUUCUAUCCCUCUUCGUACUUCCAGCUUUCCACGUCAGGGACGCCAUCCACGCAGUGCCGCCUGCGGGUGACUCUCCCCUUCGCCCUCGUGGCGACCUUUCUCACCUUCUUCUUGCCCUCUACGGCCAUCUGUUUCACCUACUGCCGGAUCCUGCUGGCGGCCAGAAGACAGGCACGACAGGUGGAGGCUCUUACUCAUCCCGCUUACCCACAUCACUCACCCGGCGAACCAUCUCACCCUCCUUCUCCCAGACACGCCAUCCAGGAUGGAAAUGACUACAGCCAGCAGGAGCCAUCCGUGUUGCGGCAAGCUCCGCUGUCGGUGAACAGUGAGCGCAGACUGGCACACAGGCAAAGGAAGAGAGCUCUGAAAGCCAGUCUUACCCUGGGAGUGCUCCUGGGUCUCUUCUUCAGUGCCUGGCUUCCCUUUUUUAUCAUCAACAUGGCACAGGCGGUGUGUGAGUGUGUACCACCCUCCUUCUUCGAUGCCAUCACCUGGUUGGGGUACUGUAACAGCACCAUGAAUCCAAUUAUAUACCCAAUGUUCAUGAGGGAUUUCAAAAGGGCUUUGGCACGGCUUCUACCCUGCUGUUCUUCAUCUCAAGCCCCUCGAAGGCCAUCGCUGCCACUUUCCCUUUCUCUACGCAACUCAGGGGAGCCACAACUGCCCACUGAACCCCCCUCCCUCGUGUCCGACCCACCUCAACUACCGGCGACAGCCACAGAUGCCGUUAACCUUCUCGACGCGGAAAACGCCGGGAUCGACCUGCCUCUGCUGCUGCCCAACCAGGUCGAUACAUUAGAUGAUUGACACUCCAACCAAGACAACAAAAGAAGUGCAAUAUACUGUGAACGGCAAGAUGUGAGACUUAUAAUUACAGGUUUUUGAAAAAAUGUGUUGAAACGUACCAUGUUAAAAAAAUCAAUGGUAUAAGUGUUAAUGGGAUAGUUGUGCCUAAACUGGAAGGCUGCAUCGCUCCUCAAGGCAGACCACAGAGAUUGUACAUUUAGAACGGACUUAACACGCAUCCCGCUUCAUUCAUUACCAUAACAACCAAAACAACAGAUGGAUAAAGCAGACGAGAGCGAAAGAAAUCUCACUAAUACCUCUCACAAUGUCAAGUGGUUGUCUGUGGAGCUGUAAUUCACAUCUUAAUUAAACAACAAACCACUUCUAAUGAAGGGGGCAAAUGGUGUAUACAGAAUACUGGCAGUUUAUCACAAAUUAUAUUUAGCAGUGCUUAAAAAAAUUAGAUAUUAUUUAGAGAUGAUAUCCACAAAUAACUUAUAGAUAUUAUUAGACAAUUCCAGAGUGACAAAAAGCCAAGGUUCCUGUUGGUUCUUUAAGUUACAUUCUGGGUGGUGUCUAGAUGGUAACCCUUAUUCUGCAAAAAGUCUUGUGAGAUUCACAUGUGACAUUUAAACACUGUGUUUAUUUGAGUCCCACAGCAACCUUACGCCCAACCCUUUAUCUUGGUGGCAGCAAAUGCGAAUCUCAGGAGUUUCUUGGAACGAGGUUUACCAUCUGGACCCGACCCACAUUUUAUGAGUUGUGAAUCAAGGAAAUGUCAUGAUUUCAUUGCUCUUGGCUCAGAACCAGCAGGUUUGCCAUUGACUAACUGUUCCUGUGCUUCAGUUUGCAACAGAUAGGUUGUGUUUGUGCUUAAAAAAAAAUGAUAUUAAUUUAGGGAUGCUCCGAUCCACCUUUUUCACCUCCGAUACCGAUUCCGAUACCUAGGGUUCAGUAUUGGCCGAUACCGAUACCGAUUUGUCCUCCCAAUUUAAAUAAAUGUAGAAUUUAUAUA